AUGGACCUGUUUAUGUGUAUAUGUGUGGGUAUAAUUCCAGUAAUAGCUGAAGCAUUCAUUGUGCACGGUUCCUCUGCUCCUCUGUUUGCUCCUCUGGGAUCUUCAGUGGUUUUGCCCUGUUAUGUUGAUGAACACUUGCUAAUGAAGGAUCUGAGGGUGGAAUGGAGAAGAACAGACUCAGAGACUCUGGUUCAUCUGUAUCAAGAUGGCGAGAGUCGACCAGAGGCCCAGCACAAAGAUUAUCAUGAUAGAGCUCAUUUCUUUACUGAUCAGAUUCAACAUGGAAACUUCUCUCUCCGUCUGGACAAUCUGAGAGCUGAAGAUGAGGGACGAUACACAUGUAGAGUUCACAGUCAGCAGGAUUCUGGAGAAACUGUGGUUCAGAUAAAACAUGGUUUCUCUUCUUGGCACAUAGCUGUGUUAUUUUUCUGUUUUGCUGCUGGAUCUGGAGCUGUGCUUCUGCUCUGCUCUCUGAUCUACUACAGAUCAAAAAACACUGUCACCAGCAGCAUAAUCAUGAAUCUUCAGGUUUCUCUGGUCUUUUGUCCAAACAUCUGUCUGUUCUUUGCCUUCAUGCUUUGGGGCUUUACUGAAGGAUCUCUGCAUGAGACGGUCACCUGCUGUGCUCUUUGUAUUCUGAGGCCUGUUAUGUUGAUGUGGGCUUUGCACUAUUUGAAGAAUCAUCAAGACAAUCAUAAAUCAUGGGUCAGGUUUUUCAGAAUAACACAUGAACUUACUGUUCUUACAGUCAUUGUUUAUUCAGGUGCGUAAAUCCACAUUUCACACAAUAGAAACCGUAUUAAUUAUUCUGACACAUAAAAUGCUUUAUGAAAUAUUACCUGUUUUACUAACGUCAGUAGAUUUGUCCAGAAUCCAGUCAUUAAAUCUUACCACACUCCGUCUUUAAAAUCCUGUAAACAUGAAUCCUGAAGCAACCCUGAUUACUCAAACUGACUGAAAGACACACAGAGCUCACAAGUGUCUAAUACAUUCUUCAUUUCAAAAUCAUCAGAUUACAUCCUUCUAUAAUUUAUACUUUAUUGCAUGUAUAAUGUUGCCCUAACUUUCAUUAAUUAUUAUAGUAUAUAUGAUGUCAUC